AACUAAAGCGCCAAAAAGAUAAAGACCCCUCCUUAUGACAACAAGCCAUUUCCAUAGAAGUGGAACCUUCUCUUUCUCUCUCAGUCAAUUCCCGAAAAGCUCUCCUCCCCCCUCUCCAAUGGAGUCGAUGAUUUGCACCCUCGUCCUUCUCGCAUGUUCCUUCGCUCACCCACUUCGCAUCCUAGCCCGCCCGGCGCAAGCGGCGCCGUCGCCGACCUCUCGCAUCACUGUGGUUGGGGCCGUGUACUGUGACACGUGUCUCACCGACAGCUUCUCCAAGUACAGCUACUUCUUGCCAGGUGCUGACGUGAACAUCCAAUGCAAGUUCAAGGCGAGCGCGCCGGCGACCGCCGAGCAGAUCGACUUCUCGGUGAACCGCACCACCGGUCGGUACGGGACGUACAGGCUGGACGUGCCCUCGGUGGACGGGGUCGACUGCGUGGAUGGCCAAGAGAUCGCGUCCAUGUGCCGGGCGAGCUUGAUCGGGAGCUCGUCCUCUUCGUGCGAUGUGCCUGGGUUGCGAGCCACGGUGGACGAGGUGACGGUCAAGUCGAAGCAAGACAACCUGUGCAUAUACAGCAUGAGCGCGCUGAGCUACCGUCCCCAGGAGCGCAACAUUACCUUGUGCGGGAACAAGAGAGAGGGAAUGCCGCAAGAUGAAUUCAAUUCCUCCAAGUUCUUCUUGCCUUACUUCCCACCGUACGGCUUUCCAUGGCCGCCGAUCCCUCAAUUGCCACCGUUUCCUCCGAUCCCUCCGUUGCCGCCUUUUCCGUCGAUACCAUUCCCGCCUCUUCCGCCAUGUCCCUUCCCCUUUCCCUCAUUCCCGUUCCCAAACCCGCCGCCGCCGCUGCCAUUCCCGUUCCCACCUCUCCCACCCCUGUCUCCACCAGGAAUUAACUUAACCGAUCCCCGGACAUGGAUCCCGAGAAUCCCGUUAUAUCCUUCUCCUCCUCUUCCACUGCCGCCGUCGCCUCCCAUGGCGUAUAGUCCAUUUGACCCGAGGAGUUGGAUACCGCAUCUCCCUCCGUAUUCUCCACCGCAAGCUCAGGAUCAAGCUCCCUAGUGUAGUGUUCAUCGACAUGUGGGAAAUGUAAUCUUUAUAUGAUCUUGGUUUUGAUUUUUGUGUAUACUAUGAUUUAUACACCAUUAUUUGCCUCCUG